AUGCACAGCACCCUGCUCGAGCUCGAUACGGUCGCCGAGGUGGAGCGCAAGGCCAGAGGGGCCAAGCGUGCCAACCUCGCUUGGGAAGACCCGAAUACGAAUCUCAACCACCUCGAGGACCUGCAACAGCCAGAAGACAAUCUCCCUGCCGACCCCCUCGAGCUACCCGUGCCGUGCCGCCCCAGCACCAUGGAGUUUCAGUCAGAUUCGGAAUUCGGCAACUGUUUAUUAGCAAUGGGCCGCGCCGGCGAGCGGGUAUCUGGUAUCCAGGAGUCGUUUGUCAACGAAGCAACCGCUACAUGGCUCGAGUCCCUGGAGGGGUCUCUGGCCAUGACGAAAGAGUACCAGUGUUUCGUCAUCAUUAUUACGGCAAAAGGCUGCAAGCGCAGACAAUUCGACUUCAAAACCGCAUUCCUGAACUCGAAAGUGCCCGACGGAGUCACCAUCUGCGACGGCAAGAACACCGACAGCCCCGACCACAAGAGCCACGCCGCCUACCCGACCUCAGGCACCUUGGACAACAACGGCCCGUGCCCCGCCACCCACCCCGUCCGCAUCCAGGGGGGCGAAGCUGGCAGCAAAACGUAAAGGGAAAAUACUCGCUGUAGCUUAGCGCCAGCCCGCUAAGUUACAGUUUUCAUCUCACUAAAUUUUAGCGUUUACCCCACUAGAACUUCUGUCGAUUUCAGCGUAUCAUAUUCGCCAAAUACUCGUACAGGGGUGUCGAAUAUAUCGCCGCCCACCCUG